AUGGCUCGUAUAAUCGGAUCGAAAAGGGCCGCGGCAAAGUAUGACAGACUACAAGAAGCUGAAGUUGCUCACUUUCUCUUGCAUGUCUUGGACGACCCAGAGAGGUCCAUGGACCAUAUCAGGACGGAAGCAGGCCCAGUCAUUCUGAAAAUCGCUUACGGAUAUACAGCCGAGCCGUUCAAGGAGGAUAUCCUCAUCGACAUGGCAGGACAAGCCAUGGAUAAUGUAACAGCAGCCAGUGUUCCCGGCGCGUUCCUAGUUGAUACACUGCCCCUAUUGCCCUACGUACCAGACUGGGUUCCUGGCGCGAACUUCAAGAGACUUGCCAAGAAAUGGUCUUCAGAGCUGGACGAUCUCACUGAAAUGCCUUAUGCUUUUGCCAAGCAUCAGCACGCCUUGGGUAAACAAGAUAACUCGUUUGCCUCACGGCUUCUUGAAAUUGAAGAUUCGACUGAGGAAGCGAGGUUUACGACUAAGUGGUCUGCCUUGUCUCUGUACGCUGCUGGGGCUGAUACGACUGUCUCUUCCAUUUCACUUUUCUUUCUGGCAUUGAUAUUGUACCCUGAUGUCCAGAAGAAGGCCCAGGAGGAGAUUGACGGCGUAAUCGGCAACGAGAGACUACCUAAUUGUUCAGAUUGGACAAUUCUUCCUUAUGCCAAUGCGGUAGUUAAGGAGAUUCUUCGAUGGAAUCCAGUAGUCCCUAUGGGGCUGCCUCAUACAAGCACUGAAGAUGAUGUGUUUGAAGGAUACUUUAUUCCCAAGGAUGCCCUGAUUAUGCCCAAUAUCUGGUACUUUGCGCACGACCCUGAGGUCCACCAAGAUCCGAUGCGCUUUGAGCCAGAACGGUUCUUGUCUACCGACGGCAAUCAACCUGAACAAGAUCCGCAUACGUACACAUUCGGCUUUGGGCGCCGCGUAUACCCCGGGCGUGUCUUAGCCGACAAUGCAUUAUUCCUCAACAUCGCCCAGUCACUCGCGGUAUUGCAUAUCAGAAAAGACGAGAAUGGUGCCCAACCCAAACUCCUAUUUACUCCCGGGAUGAUUAGCCACCCCGAGCCGUUCAAAGCCGCUAUUACGCCAAGAUUGCCACAGCACGAGCAAUUGAUCCGGUCAUUGGAGCAGGAGUUUUCCUGGGAACAGAGCGACAAUCAUAUCAUAGAGAAGAUGCAGCGCCAAGCAUCGUGA